UUAGAAUGGAACAGUCCAGUAAUAUAGAGAGAGACGGAGUGAGAGAGUGAGAGAAGCAAACCAGGAUGAACAGCCAGAUGUCUCCCUAGUCUGUGAGUUUUGUCGCAGUGGAAUAGACGUGCACUUUUAUUGUCAAUGCUUGCACUGCUCGCCAUUGUAUGGGAUUAUAAACAGUCUAUUUUAGAUUUGUAAACGUGUAGCAAGAUGUCAAAAGGCGUCUGGAGGAAGCGCGCCCUCUCCACGACUGGAGAAGCCUUGUUCACCUGCCUCGUGAUGAUGUUUCUUCUCGUCGCCGUUCUCAAACACCAGGGGACUCUCGUGGAGGAAGGUUCCCCCGGGAGAGAGUUCGGGACUCGCUCCCUGCAAAGUUUAAACAGCAUGAAUAAUAAUGACAAAACUGUUAACCAAGCUCCAGGCGAGGAUCGGGUCGGGGAGAAAUGUCAGGCUACCCAGGUCAAGGGUUUCUCAGCGUACUUCAGUGAGUUGAGUCGGGGGAAGCGGGCGGUGGAGCACAGAGCGGUGAAGGCUAGUGAUCCUACACCGGUGGAGGAGCUCAGUCCGGCGGAUGUGUUCAUAGCGGUGAAAACCACCAAGAAAUACCACCACACCAGGCUGGACCUACUGCUGGACACGUGGAUCUCUACAAACAUGCUACAGACGUACGUAUUCACCGACGGAGAAGAUGACAGGCUGAGGAAGAGGAUGGGGAGUCACAUGAUCAAUACUAACUGUUCAGCGGCUCACAGUCGCCAGGCUCUGUCCUGUAAAAUGGCCGUCGAAUACGACACCUUCAUCAGCUCUGGCAAGAAGUGGUUCUGCCACGUGGAUGAUGAUAACUACGUGAACAUACGUCCCCUUGUGAAGCUCCUGUCUCACUACAGCCACGCCCACGAUGUCUACAUUGGCCGGCCUAGCCUCGACCGACCACUAGAAGCCACCGAGAGGUUUGGCGACUCCCACACGCGUCCAGUGCGUUUCUGGUUUGCCACAGGAGGUGCAGGGUUCUGUGUUAGUCGAGGUCUCGCCCUCAAGAUGAGCCCCUGGGCCAGUGGCGGUAAUUUCAUGACAACAGCUGAUCGUAUUCGUCUCCCUGACGACUGUACGGUUGGUUACAUCAUCGAGGCGUUGCUAGGGGUGGGUCUUAUCCGCUCCCCACUGUUCCACUCUCACCUGGAGAACCUUCAGCUGGUGUCACCGACACAGAUACAACACCAGGUGACUCUGAGUUAUGGAACGUUUGAUAGUAAGAGAAACAUAAUCAACGUAAGAGGAGCGCUCUCAUUGGACGAAGACCCUACCAGGUUCAGGUCUGUCCAUUGUGUCUUAUACCCAGACACUCCGUGGUGUUCAGCCCUGACCUGGUACUGAGGUACUGACCCCACCAAUCCAGAGACACAGAAAGAGGGGAGAAGACGAGAGAGGGAGCAAAGACACGGAGGGAGCGAUGGACAGAGGAGAGAGAAGUGGAGAAGAGGGACUAGAGAUAUUGAUGAAUGGAUAGACAGAGGAGAGAAGACUGACUAGAGAUAUAGAUGAAUGGAUAGACAGAGGAGGAGAAGAGGGACUAGAGAUAUUGAUGAAUGGAUAGACAGAGGAGGAGAAGAGGGACUAGAGAUAUUGAUGAAUAGAUAGACAGAGGAGGAGAAGAGGGACUAGAGAUAUUGAUGAAUGGAUAGACAGAGGAGGAGAAGAGGGACUAGAGAUAUUGAUGAAUGGAUAGACAGAGGAGGAGAAGAGGGACUAGAGAUAUUGAAGAAUGGAUAGACAGAGGAGGAGAAGAGGGACUAGAGAUAUUGAUGAAUGGAUAGACAGAGGAGGAGAAGAGGGACUAGAGAUAUUGAUGAAUGGAUAGACAGAGGAGGAGAAGAGGGACUAGAGAUAUAGAUGAAUGGAUAGACAGAGGAGGAGAAGAGGGACUAGAGAUAUAGAUGAAUGGAUAGACAGAGGAGAGAAGAGGAGAAACAAAGUCAUUAUUGUCCCUCUGUAUGGAUUCAGAAUGAGACCCUGAUGUCAUGAUGCGGUUCCUUCUGACCAUAGAACGGUUUUCUCAAGCUCUCAUGUCCUAUUUGGUGUCAAAUAGUUUUGGGGUUCCUAGGGCCUCUGGGGCACCUCGUGGGACGACACUGGAUCUCUCCGUCACCGGAUCCUUACGCCCUCUAACCCUUGACCUCUAACCCCUAGUCCCUCCCAGAGAGGCCUGGUGGGGAGAAGAGCGCGAUGUCGUUGUGAAGUUGCUGAUUGCAGAUGGCUCUGUGUUGGCCGACGGUGCAGCUCUAACAGAGGGACUGUUUAAAGCCACGGUGCUGUUGUGUCUCUGUAGCCUGAGUGCCAGUAUUCUUUGUGCUGUCAUCAACUCCUUGUCACUAACUCAAUGUCACGUUCGGCUCGUCCAUGACAGCAGUGUAGUUGGCAUGGUAAUACAAACAGAUCUGGGACCAGGUUAUCUAUUGUGUGAGUAGAAGUUGUCAUCUUUUCCCCCCCUUGGUUGCUAAGGACAAUGGUUCUACAUCCUCUUUGGGGUUCAACAUUUCUCUUCCUGCAUCUUGGAGACUGAAGGAAAUACAAAUUGUCUACUGUUUUUGUUUUUUUCUUCUUCCCAACAGUAACGUUUAUUGUGGAUUUUAAAAGAGUAAUGUCAGCAGACUCUGGAUCUCUACAGACCAGUGAAGUGGUGUGUUUUAAUGCUCAGACUCUGGAUCUCUACAGACCAGUGAAGUGGUGUGUUUUAAUGCUCAGACUCUGGAUCUCUACAGACCAGUGAAGUGGUGUGUUUUAAUGCUCAGACUCUGGAUCUCCACAGACCAGUGAAGUGGUGUGUUUUAAUGCUCAGACUCUGGAUCUCUACAGACCAGUGAAGUGGUGUGUUUUAAUGUCAGCAGACUCUGGAUCUCCACAGACCAGUGAAGUGGUGUGUUUUAAUGCUCAGACUCUGGAUCUCUACAGACCAGUGAAGUGGUGUGUUUUAAUGCUCAGACUCUGGAUCUCUACAGACCAGUGAAGUGGUGUGUUUUAAUGUCAGCAGACUCUGGAUCUCUACAGACCAGUGAAGUGGUGUGUUUUAAUGCUCAGACUCUGGAUCUCCACAGACCAGUGAAGUGGUGUGUUUUAAUGUCAGCAGACUCUGGAUCUCUACAGACCAGUGAAGUGGUGUGUUUUAAUGCUCAGACUCUGGAUCUCUACAGACCAGUGAAGUGGUGUGUUUUAAUGCUCAGACUGGAUCUCUACAGACCAGUGAAGUGGUGUGUUUUAAUGCUCAGACUCUGGAUCUCUACAGACCAGUGAAGUGGUGUGUUUUAAUGCUCAGACUCUGGAUCUCUACAGACCAGUGAAGUGGUGUGUUUUAAUGCUCAGAUUCUGGAUCUCUACAGACCAGUGAAGUGGUGUGUUUUAAUGCUCAGACUCUGGAUCUCUACAGACCAGUGAAGUGGUGUGUUUUAAUGCUCAGACUCUGGAUCUCUACAGACCAGUGAAGUGGUGUGUUUUAAUGUCAGCAGACUCUGGAUCUCUACAGACCAGUGAAGUGGUGUGUUUUAAUGCUCAGACUCUGGAUCUCCACAGACCAGUGAAGUGGUGUGUUUUAAUGCUCAGACUCUGGAUCUCUACAGACCAGUGAAGUGGUGUGUUUUAAUGUCAGCAGACUCUGGAUCUCUACAGACCAGUGAAGUGGUGUGUUUUAAUGCUCAGACUCUGGAUCUCUACAGACCAGUGAAGUGGUGUGUUUUAAUGUCAGCAGACUCUGGAUCUCUACAGACCAGUGAAGUGGUGUGUUUUAAUGUCAGCAGACUCUGGAUCUCUACAGACCAGUGAAGUGGUGUGUUUUAAUGCUCAGACUCUGGAUCUCUACAGACCAGUGAAGUGGUGUGUUUUAAUGCUCAGACUCUGGAUCUCUACAGACCAGUGAAGUGGUGUGUUUUAAUGUCAGCAGACUCUGGAUCUCUACAGACCAGUGAAGUGGUGUGUUUUAAUGCUCAGACUCUGGAUCUCUACAGACCAGUGAAGUGGUGUGUUUUAAUGUCAGCAGACUCUGGAUCUCUACAGACCAGUGAAGUGGUGUGUUUUAAUGGUCAGACUCUGGAUCUCUACAGACCAGUGAAGUGGUGUGUUUUAAUGCUCAGACUCUGGAUCUCUACAGACCAGUGAAGUGGUGUGUUUUAAUGUCAGCAGACUCUGGAUCUCUACAGACCAGUGAAGUGGUGUGUUUUAAUGUCAGCAGACUCUGGAUCUCUACAGACCAGUGAAGUGGUGUGUUUUAAUGCUCAGACUCUGGAUCUCUACAGACCAGUGAAGUGGUGUGUUUUAAUGCUCAGACUCUGGAUCUCUACAGACCAGUGAAGUGGUGUGUUUUAAUGUCAGCAGACUCUGGAUCUCUACAGACCAGUGAAGUGGUGUGUUUUAAUGCUCAGACUCUGGAUCUCUACAGACCAGUGAAGUGGUGUGUUUUAAUGCUCAGACUCUGGAUCUCUACAGACCAGUGAAGUGGUGUGUUUUAAUUCUCAUUGUUAACAGUUGAUUGUUUAUAACUUUUCAGUAUUAUCACGUUAUUCCAUCAGACAGCUGUCAAUCAGACAACAGUUAGAAUGACCGAGUUGAAUGGUGACUAAGCACUUUUCUGGGAGUAAUGAAGCACCAGGGACUGUGUACAUAAAGCAGGUCUCAGAAGAGGGCUGCUGGUCUCGGAUCAGGUGCCCUCUCUUAUUCAUUAUAGUCUAAAAGGCCAAACUGAUCCUAAAUCAGCACUCUGACUCUGAGAUUCUUUAUCAACAUGGUUCCAGAAAUCACAUUGGGGGGCCAAAAGACUUUAAACCCAACGUCAUACUGUAUUGAAGACAGACUAUGCAUUUUGUUAUCAUUACAAUAUAUAUCUCUGUACAUUUGUAAUCAGAGGAAUUUAAGAAGGAGUAGAACAGGCCUCCCCUUUCAUGUCAUAAUGUGCAGACAGGCAGCCGUUCUAGUUCUAUGUUUAGUAGUAGUAUCAUGGAGCAUGUUGGGGGGGUCAGAGAGGUGGAAACAGAAAUAGAAGGACUAGAACGCUGUUGGAACCUUUAACCCUGGUCAUUUGACUCAUGGGGACUCUCACAUUGGCUGCCAGUCCCCCCAUUAUGCCAUCAUAAUGGGGAGACCGGUUCUAUGAGCGGAACACGUACAUGUUCUCAUGUCCUUAAUAAGUGUUCUGAUGACCCCUCUCUCUCUGUGAGGUAUUAACUGACCCAUAAUGGGUUUCUGAUUGGAGAUUCUUCUUCCUCAACUGGGCCUUUAGAUUAAAACCUGCUUUAGUAAUGUGUUUUUAUGUUACUCUUUUGAUCAGGACGGUUUCUGAUUGGAUUUUACUGCAUUGUUGUUGUUGUCUGUUGUUGUUGUAUGUAUUCUCCAGUAUCUGGACUAUAGAAAGACGGUAGUGUCUCAUGGGAUUUGAACGCUGAAUAUAUUGCCUUAUGUCUCACCACAGUGGUUGCUAUUCUCUGCUUUUUUAAUAAAGCCUGAUAAUGCCAUA